CCCCGCUGGCGUAUCUAGUGUUCAUAUCUAUAGGCUGACAAGUAAACAGGGGCGAGAGGACCAACGAGGUUAAAGAAUUGAGCUGUUCCCAGUAUGGCUUCCCAAGCUGACUAAACCACUCAAUUGAAAGCGCCUCGGUUUUUGUUGUGAACGUCGAGCAUCCAGCUAGCGGGCCGUUGGAAGCCAGGAGCAGAAUCAAAACAACAGCAAGCAUCAUCAUCAAUGGUGUGUCUACAUCCAGGAGCCGUCACAUUGUCCUGUGUGUCCUCAAUGAACAGUCUCCUCAGCUCACAUCACAGCUGCUCAUGUAUGGCAGUUGCAAGGCUUGAAGGGGAGUUCUGCCAAGCCCAGCACCUGUUGCUCAUUGUGGACAAGUGAACCACAGAGACCAGAAAGACGCAAACGCUGCCAUUCACACACAGACACGUGCGCACACGGCCCUCCCUGCCAUCCUGUUAAAUCACAUGACGAAAUCUCUGGGAAAAGCAGAGACUUUGUUUUUUAUUUGUGGUCUCUACCUUAUCUCCACUUGCUUUCCAUACUUAUCCUCUCAUGUGCCCUUCUCAACUCUUUAUCUGAUUUACUUCUCUGAAUGGGCUGACAUUUUUUAAAGGAAGGCUGGACUGAUCUUUUAAAAAAAAAAAAAAAAAAAAAAAAAAAAAUUAUUUAAUGUUUUCAGUUUUUCCAUCUAAGAUUUUAUCUACCAUUCAUCCUGUAUAUCACGAAACAGUUGCUAUUCUAUAUUAAGAAGUACAGUGCUGUGGGUGUGCAAAAUGAACCGUCUUGCUCCAGUGGAAAUCUCUUAUGACUGUUUAAGGUUCCUCAUCACGCACAAUCCCACGAAUGCGCAACUUGGAAGGUUUAUAGAGGAUCUAAAGACAUAUGGAGCUAACACCCUGGUAAGGGUGUGUGCUUCUACUUAUGACAAGGGACCAGUGGAACAAGAAGGCAUUCGAGUCCUGGAUAUGCCAUUUGACGAUGGCUCGGCCCCCCCAGAUGAAGUGGUUGAUGAUUGGCUGAGUCUUUUGCAGACAAAGUUUCGAGACGAGCCUGGCAGCUGUGUGGCUGUGCAUUGUGUUGCUGGACUGGGAAGAGCUCCAGUGCUGGUCGCCCUUGCUCUAAUCGAGUGUGGGAUGGAGUAUGAAGAUGCCGUUCACUUCAUAAGACUGAAGCGCCGUGGAGCAUUCAACUCAAAGCAGUUGCUUUUCCUGGAAAACUACAAACCCAAACUGUGCUUGCGCUCCAAAGAUGCUAACGGACAGAGUUGCACAAUACAGUAGGAAUCGACAAGCGCAGCUUCCUGCCACCGUAGGCGGCUCAGGCAUGUUUUGAUGAUGAUGUAUGUUAAAAAAUGUUAAGACGUCCAUAAAACAUCUACCGGUAAUUAAGAUUAUCCAAGAAGUAAUUAGACUUGUAAUAGCUUGAAGUCCUGGGGACUUCUCGCUCCAUCGAUUCAGUCCGCAAUCCAUAAUUAGAUAUUACACAUGGAAAGUUUUGGAUCUUAAUGUUAUGGUAAAGCUGAAGUACACAUCAGCUGUUCAAAUUAUGUCAAAACAAGAUCUCACCGAGUCGAACUGUUCUUCGUUUUGGUUUAUCCAUCCAUGACAACGUGCACUGUGAGCAGGCACGUUGUCAUGACAAAGCAGCCAUGAGUUGCCCCGCCUCAGCGCUUUCCUCUUCUCACACACCGAACACAGCAAACACUGCAGAAUCUCUUUUGGGGCUUGCUGGUUGAUUGUCUGUAUUUUGGUGUUUUUAGCUAUUUAGUGGCCACUUACAAGGAAUUCAUGCUGUCUAUUUCUAUACUUAAAAUGAACCCCAACUGUAAUGACCAAUAUGUCUGAAAAUACAACCACUGACAUACAGUGUUACAUAUUUCUAAGUUAUUCAAGUUUUAACACACACCAAAGAUUCUGUUCCACCGCCAAAUCUAGAAUCUCGUCCUCCAAUACAGAAAUCUCACGUGAUCCGAUAUGAUCUAACAAAAACGAAGAAGAACGAAAGCAAUAACCGCAAAGCACAAGACGUAACAUGGAAGAGGCGAUACGAGGAGAGGGGAUGAUGAGGGUCUUGGAUCUGUUUUUUUAACAGAAAAAUCCCAAACUACAAAAGAAGAGGGGGAUAAAAAAGAUCACUGGGGGAAAAAAAAUCAUGGACAGACAGCAUGACAUUUGACUUUUUUUUGUUUUGUUUUUUUCCUUGCAGUGACAUUAAAUAAGCACCCACGGGCUUCCCACAGCUUCACGAGCUGGGCCUCCAUUUCUGGGAUCCAAAAUGUUGUUUUAUAUUAGCACGUUUUUUUCUUUCUUUUCUUUUUUUUUUUUUUUUUUUUUUUUCCCCCCCCACCCACUCCCUUGUUCCUCAGUCAGGUCACGUCUUGAUUGGUUCCAUUCCGUUUGACGUCACACUUGACGGAGGUCGUGACUCUGGAGUCGUCAGCUUGCCCCACACGUAUGAAGAUUUUUAUUUUUUUAUUUUUUUUUUCCCCCCAUAGUUAAUAUUAUCAGUCCCAACCCAUUUCGGACCCUCUCAUUGGGGCAGUUCACUCUAAACACACCUCAGACCACAGGAUAAUCUUUUCAUUAAAACACAAGAUAAUCUCGUGUUUGUCGUCCCGGAUUGGGAAGGGGCAAAAUUGACCGAAUAAACAGCCCGAUUAUCUUUGUGUGUACUAGACCUGAGAGAUUUAAGAUUGGCUCAUAUUUUGUGUAGUAGUUGUAUUUAUAUAUAUAUAUAUAUAUAUAUAUAUAUAUAUAUUUUUUUUAAACCACUCAAGUUAGGUUUUUUUUUCCUCAGAACAAUAAUUUGUACAAAUGUAUUCCUGCACUAUGGAAAUAUACAGUACAGUUGAUUGUGUAAUGAUAAAAUGAGACAAAAUGUUGAAGUGUAACAUUUAUCUUAAGGUAUAUGUAUGUAUAACUGUCAAUUAGAAGUUAUGAAAACCUUCCCAUCUGGCAUUCCAAGAAUGUGACAGGUUCGCAAAUAAUUGUGGCUCUGAUAAUGUCAUUGAUAAAUAACGUUUUUUUUUUUUUUUUUUUUUUUUUUGCAUCUAAACAAAAAAUAUUGGAAUUUGUUCCAUUCAACAACCGCCUUUGGUUAAUACAGAGCAAUAAAUAAAUAAAUAAAUACAUGUGGUGCGAUGAAGUCGAGCUUCUUUUGUCAAGUUUGUGCUUUUCACUUGUCACUCCACAUUCAGAUGAAUGUUUUGUUUGUUUUUAAAUGUGUACUUCCAAUCUCUCCUCUUUGACCUGUGUCCAGGGUGUAGCGCCGAUAGUUCAGCGAGGAUUUUCAAUUUUCAGGUGUAUGUCAGGUGAAGGUGAAAUGUAUUAGGCAAAUGUUGCUGUAUUAUAUAAUAAUAAUGUAUCUAUUUGUCCCGUGUCAUGUCACUGUGUUUUUCUAUAGAAUCACCUUAUACUGCAAUGGUUUUCCCAGUGGUCACCAAGUCUAAAAGGGAAAUUGGUUAAAAAUUGUUGAAUCUACAGUGCUGUAAAAAAAAAAAAAGUAUUGCCCCCUUCCUGAUUUCUAGUUUGCAUGUUUCUCACAUUUAAAAAGUUUCCAAUCAUCAAACCAACACAUGUACGGCCAGAUAAUUCUGGAUUGCCCCCCCCCCCGUGACCUUAAUAAAUAAAAUCCUCAUUUAGAAACUGCCUUUUGUAUUUACUUGGGUUGUCUUAAUGAGAUGUUCAAAGUGGCUGGGUCUCUAAAAACAUUUAAGUAUGAUAAAUAUGCAAAAAUCAGGAAGGACAAAUUAACUUUUUACUUGGCACUGUAUGCUUAAUAGUUUGUUGAUUGUCUUAUCUGUAAGAAGAAAUUGUGAUUACAAUCAGGAUCAUCUUCCUCAGUUUCCUGUCCCCUUUUGCGCCAUGUCCCCACUUUAUGUGGUCUGUCAGCGUGGUGUACUGUAUAGUAUUGGAUCACUAGUAUCCAUGCCAUACUGUUAAUGGUCAGUAAUGUGCAUGGUAACGGCAAUGGGGUUUGCGACCUGCGCUUUGUGCAACCAUGUGAUGCAAACACUCCUUGUUAUUGUUCCAACCGUAGAGCACAUCUUUUACCCAACAUGCCCAAAUUCCUUUUCAUCUCUGGUACUCUCUUGGGCAUUGUGUUAAAUGCUGUCAACAAUGUCUUAGUUUUCUUUGCUGUUCCUUUUGAUCUAUUUAUACCUCUUAUUUACUUAUUUCACUGUGUUUCUGUGUGAAUUGCCUCCUGACAUUAAACCUGAUAAGUAGUC